AUGCCACUGACCUAUGAGCAGAUCUGGCCUGGACUUCCCACGCCCCAUCAUGGAGGCCUGGUGGACAUCCUUGAAGUGGUGGACGGAAAGUUAAAGGCAAGGCUGCUGCGGCCUGAGUUGAUGUUGCGGGAGAUUACAGAGGAGAUCCCCCGACCACUAGUGUGGCCUCGAGUGGUGAAGGCCCUGUGGGAACGGAACUUGGUUGCACCGGUACAGACCAGGCCUACGGUCCAUGGAGUACCAGUCCUCAACGGGGCUUUUGGUGUGAUUAAGCCAGAAAAGUUCACUGACUCGGGGUUGCCAGUGCUCAGAAUGAUAAUCGAUCUGAGGGCGUCCAACACCAUCCUCGACCAGCUUGAGGGCGACGUCUGGACGCUGACGGGUGCCGCCAGUUUCCAAAAGCUUAUGGUCGGACCCAACGAGGAGCUCCUGGUGAGUGGGGACGACUUGAACUCGGCGUUCUACUUGUUUAGAUUGCCGGAGAAGUGGCCGAACUACCUGGCCCUGCGCAAGCCUGUCCCUUGGUCUGUCUUCGAGCCCGGCAAGGCUGGAGAGACGUUGGUGGGCCUGCGCGUCCUGCCCAUGGGGUGGUCAAGUGCCGUGGCGGUGAUGCAGAAUGCCCACAGGCAACUUGCACUCAGGACAGAACUGAGGUAUGGCGCAGGCCUGUUGGCGAAGGCUGAGAUUCGCAAAGACGCUGUGUUCCCAUCACUUGAUGAAGCCCCGGUGGCCAGGACCCUUGAGGGUAAGGCCCCGGAGGAGCAGACCAGGCUCAGAAAGGCAUAUGAGUGGUGGGGAAUCCCGACAAAUGAAGGGAAGGCCCUGGAAAGGACUGGGCUCCAAAUCUACGCAGGAAAGGCGGUUCAUGUUCUGCAGUUUCGCAGGUGCUUAUUUUCGGUGCUCCAAGAAGUCUUUACCAGCAUUGCUCAGAACCCCGAGCGGGUGAGGGCAACAACCAGUUUGUAUGAUGAGAUGCUGGUCCUGGAAAGCUUGCUGCCUGUGGUGGUAUCGGACCUUAAGGCCAAUAUCGACCCGGUUGUCACCGUCAGUGAUGCCUCUGAGACAGGUGGUGGCGCCUGUUAUGCCUCGAGGCUGAGCCGCUUGGGAGUCGAGGAGCUUGAAGAAAUGAUGGAUGCUGAAGGGCCCGUGGAUCAGACGCCGGGUGAUGAUUUCAGGGAUGUAUCACAGAAAAUCGUGGUUAUUGACCUGUUUGCUGGCAUCGGGGGACUUGAGCGGGCAUUAGAGCUGGCACAGCUCAAGCCUUGGUUCACUGUGGCGGUAGAGUCAGACCCUGACUGCCGUCGGUGCUUGCGUCGUGGCAGCCCAUGCCAAGGGCUGUCACGUCUCUCAGUGGAUCGCCGCCAUUUGGAAGAUCCCAGAAGCAAGCUCUUUCAUGAUGCUGCGGGGGUCAUGAAGAUGGUGAAGGAGGAGAGCAAGCUCUUGGGAAUGUGGUGCAUCCGAUUCCUGGAGAACGUGGUGGCUGAUGAUGUUGACAUACAAGAAAUGAGCCUGGCCUUGGAAAUGAGGCCGAGGUUGGUGGACUCCCAGUAUCUCUUCCGCGCUCGGCGACCGAGGCUAUUUUGGUUUUCAGUUGACCUGGUGAGCCAUGAGGAGGUGGAAGUGAGAGAACAUGAGUUGUUUGAUGAGGUCAUCUAUGGGGCUGCAACAGAGCCCAUGUCAAGUGUCCUGUGCCCCGGGUGCCGGUGGAUCCCAGGAGAGCGGGAUAGUGGAAAGCGUUUUCCCACAUUCACCCGAGCUAUCCCGCGGCCUAGGCCACCAAAGGCCCCGGCAGGCCUAGCUUCAACAAGUGAAGAAGGCCUGCAGCGCUGGAAGAAGGAUGGGUACAGGUAUCCACCCUACACUUAUGAAAGGGAUUACAUGAUUGAAGAAGAAGAUGGCCACCUCAGACCUCUGAAGGCCUGCGAGAGGGAAGUACUCAUGGGGUUCAAGAAAGGCCAUACCAUGGAUCUCGCUCGCAAGCCGCCGGAGUCGCCUGAAGAAAAGCAAAAGCUGGAGGACCAGAGGUGUGCCGCCAUUGGAAAUGCCUUCCACGCUACAGUGGUUGCGGCCCUCCUGGACCACAUGUUGUGGUCUUUUGGGGUGAAACCGUUGGUGGGCCACCAUGAGAUUGUCGAGUCCUGGGCCUCAGAAAUCAAGAGGCUGGCCACGGUGGCAGAGGUCCAUGAGGUGGAGGUGGUGUUGGAUCAGGCCCCAAAAGGGGAAGAUCCAGGGUAA